AUGAGUACUCAGUGCAUCAAAGAGCAAAGCAACACGUAACCAAUUUCAAUUUUUGAUCCUUAAGAAGAAAAGAAGAUAGAACUGUAAAAGUUCAAAAAGAGUAAAGUGUGUGCUGAAUGCAAAUCUUGGAUAAUAAGACAAAAGUCAGUUGGAUGUGGAAUAUGUGAAGAUGUAUAUCAUCUGUCUUGUAUGAGACCUAAAUUGACACGGAAACCUAAAAAAUGGACAUGCACUCGUUGUCUUGAGUUAAAGAACACAUUUCCAGAUACAAAUGAAUUGGAAAUAGAUACUUUAUGUGGGCGAUGUUAAAAGCAUGUAUAGUGUGAUGAUGAGGAAUUUUGUUCUAAAUGUUCUAAAGUAUUUCAUAGCAAGUGUUAUGGCCCAAAAAAAGUAGCGCCUAUAUGUAUAUUCUGUGAGCAAUAAAAACCGCCAAAAAUAAAAUAAAAUAAAAAUUUGGUGCAAUUCCUACCGCUAAAAAUCUCAUUAAAAAACCAGAACUCUUUCAUUUUACCUUGUUGCAUCUACGACGACACUCUACGCGAAAGGUGUUUCAAUUCUAUUCAAUAUGCACUCUAUUGUCAAAAUAUUAGUUUCAAUGAUGAUCUAGUGUAUGACUCAGUCUAGAAACAAGAGAAUAAUGUGGCACUUGAAAAAUUGGAACCAUUGACAGGUAAGGAUCUUGAAGCUUUCAAAAAGUAUAAAUAAGUGACUAAGCAUGGUUAUUAUGCCCCUGUGAUAGUGGAAUACAAUACGGAUUAGGGAUUUUAUGUCAAGGCAGUUCAACCAAUAGCCAAUAAUACAUUGAUAUGCGAAUAUGCAGGGGAAGUGUUUCGAUUUGCAGAUCAAGUGUACAGCACAUCUGAUUCUAUGAUGAGUUUGCUUGAAACUAGUUUUGCAGCCACUUCUUUAGUGAUCAUACCACAAAAAUAUGGCAAUCUUGCAAAAUAUUUAUCGGGAAUUAAUAAUACAAAAAAAAAUAGUAAGAAAUAAUAAUAAAAUGUGAAAUCCUAAAGAUUUAAUGUGGAGGGCGAAUCAAGAGUGAUCUUGUAUGCUUGUCGAGAUAUCAGGACAGGGGAAGUGCUCUAUUAUGAUUAUAAUGAAGGUGGAUUCAAUUAUAAUACAAGAUUCUUUGUUUGAUUUAUUAUACUUUAAAGCAGAAAUAAUUUACGGCUUU